CAUACGUCCACUUCUCAAUCUCACCAGGCAUCCUCAGCAUGGAUCGCGACGAGCUCUCCUCCAUCUUGGAGAGCAUUCGAAGCGCGCCGUCAUCCUCCAAGGCGCCUGAUGGCGGAAUCGAGGCUCUGCGUGAGGCCCUGUCACACGCUGGCCUCGCCAAGCAGGACGCAGCUGCCAAGUCGGCUUACUCGAGGGAGGAGCUCGUCGAGCAGCUCAAGGACAAGUUGCUCACCCCGCAGGCGUCGCUACAAGGGGAAGAGCUGGUCAAGCGCCAAGUCCACUGGCAUCGAAAGCCCGACUUCUCCUCACUCUUGCCUGCUCAGCCACUGCCUCAGACAACCUCUUUGCGCUUUAUUCGUACAGGGCUUGGCAGCAAUGUCAUUGGCACAAAGGAGGUUGUCACUCAUCAACCUCCCUCGACUUCUCAGGCAGCCCGCAAGGCCCGCCUCGAAGCUCAAAAAGUCAAUGCUUCACAGCGCAAGGGGAUGAGUUUCGUGAGGGGCCGCAGCGGCGGGGCAAUGUUCAUGCCCGGAGGACUGGACGAUGAUGACCUUCUCAUUGAAUCGAUACAGGGUGAACGGGUAGAUCAGGAGCAGGGCAUAGAGCGCGAUGUUGAAGAGGUAGAGGAAGCCAUCAAAGGCUGGGGUAGGGGGAUGCGCACAAAGGCACCUGGACUCUCACGCGGCUUCAAAGCGGCGACAGACGAGGAUGAAGAUGAAGAAGAGGUCGAGACCGGCGCGGAGAUGGACAUCGCCAAAAGUCUGGUACCGGCGCCUGUCUACCAGCCCUCAUUGAAGGCUUCCCUGCGCGUAGGCGGCAGCGCAGCCGAUGCUCCGCAGCAGAGGAACAGCCAGCUUGACGAAGAGCUCGACGAGCUUCUUCCCACGGAGAAGCCACCUACACACAGUUCGCGGCGUGCGGCAAAGGUGGACCUCGAAGAGAAGACAGAGUGGGCUCAUGUGCUCGAUGCCAGCAAGCGACUGGCCAACUUCAAUGACCUUGUGCCGGAUAUGGCGCACAAGUUCCCCUUCACGCUCGACCCAUUCCAGCAGGAGGCCGUCUACCAUCUUGAGCAAGGUGAUGACGUCUUUGUGGCUGCUCAUACCUCGGCGGGUAAAACGGUCGUGGCCGAGUACGCCGUUGCUCUUGCGCAGCGACACAUGACGCGGUGCAUCUACACCUCCCCCAUCAAGGCAUUAUCAAAUCAAAAGUUUCGCGAUUUCAAGCAGACCUUCGGCGCAGAGAAUGUAGGCAUUCUUACGGGCGACGUACAGAUCAACUCGGAAGCGCCGUGUCUGAUCAUGACGACGGAGAUCUUGAGGAGCAUGCUCUACCGCGGCGCCGACCUCAUUCGGGACGUAGAGUUCGUUAUCUUCGACGAGGUCCACUACGUGAAUGAUCAGGAGCGAGGCGUGGUGUGGGAGGAGGUCAUCAUUCUGCUCCCUCGCCACAUCAGCAUCAUCCUGCUCAGUGCGACCGUGCCCAACACCAAGGAAUUUGCAGACUGGGUUGGUCGCACCAAGAAGAAGGACAUCUACGUCAUUUCAACGUCGAAGCGUCCUGUGCCGCUUGAACACUUCCUCUACGCUAACAAGGAUCUCUUCAAGAUUGUUGGGGCUGAUGGCAAGUUCGCCGAGCGAGGCAUCAAGGAUGCGGGCGAUGCUCUCAAGCGCAAGCAGGACAAGGAGCGCGAAGCCGCAGGCGUCGCACAGCCGACAAGACAAGGGGCUCGGGGUGGUGCGGCAGGUGGGGCCAAUUCGAACUCGAGGGGAGGGCGUGGGUCCUUUGGUCCGCAGAGAGGGGGCGCUAGGGGCGGUCGCGGCGGCGGCGCAUCUUCCGUCGCUCGUACGAUCGGCGGCGACACAAAGAACCUCUGGGUACAUCUCACUGGGAUGCUUAAGAAGAAGGAUCUGCUACCGGUCGUCGUCUUCGUCUUCUCGAAGCGCCGCUGUGAGGAGUACGCGAGCAGUCUUCCCAACACAGACUUCUGCUCUGCAAAGGACAAGAGCGAGGUACACGUCGUCAUCGAGCGCUCUAUCAUGCGCCUCAAAGGGCCAGAUCGUACCUUGCCGCAGAUUCAAAGGAUGCGCGAGCUCCUCGCCCGUGGUAUUGCGGUGCAUCACGGUGGUCUCCUCCCCAUCGUCAAGGAAAUCGUCGAGCUCCUCUUCCAACGCGGCCUCGUCAAGGUCCUCUUUGCCACCGAAACGUUCGCAAUGGGCGUCAACAUGCCUGCGCGCUCUGUCGUCUUUUCCGGCAUCCGCAAGCAUGACGGGCACGGCUUUCGCGACUUGCUGGCGGGCGAGUACACGCAAAUGUCCGGUAGAGCUGGAAGACGUGGCCUCGAUGCUACUGGCGUGGUGAUCAUCAACUCGGCAGACCAGCUGCCCGAGACCACGACGCUGCACAAGAUGCUGCUCGGCCAGCCGACGAAGCUGCAGUCGCAGUUUAGGCUGACCUACAACAUGAUUCUGAAUCUGCUUCGCGUGGAGACGCUGAAGGUUGAGGAAAUGAUCAAGCGCUCCUUCUCUGAGAACGCGUCCCAACGGCUCCUACCUGACCAGCAAAAGAAGGCAGCCGAGGCAAGAAAGAAGCUCGACAGGCUGCCGCAAGUCUCUCCGCCAGAACGAGCUGACGAGCUGAGUCAGUACUACGAUGCAGCAUGGGCCGCCUUCAUGUCAAACCACAGCGUCCUCGACCUUGCCCUCGAGCAGCAGCAAGGUAGCCGCAUCUUUGCGCCUGGGCGUGUGGUCCUUCUCCGCGAUGCGCACUUCGAUCACAACCCCGCCGUCAUCGUGAAGCAAGUAUCAUCACGCGAGUUCCUGGUCCUGGGCGCCGUAACGCAGCAACGCAAGGAAGGUCGACUCGAUGUGCCGGACAAGGCCGUCCCGCCGAUUUGGCCUCCCCAAAUGAAGCGCGACGCUGGGGACGAGCUGGUCUACGACUUGCGAGAGGUGCCACUCACCAGCUUCGCCUUCAUCUCGGCUCACGUCCUCAAGAUCGAGCAAUCGAUGAUUAUGGCUCACCGCAAGUCCGCCAUGAACCGCACCGUCGACCUCAUGCGCGAGCCCAUCGCCGAGCUGCGCGUUGAGCUCAGAGAGGUGGAUUGGACAAAGAUGCGUCGUCUCGACUUCCAGGAAGCCCUCAAGAGUCGUGACGAGCGCGGCGCAAUCGCUGUGGCUCACCUCGUGGACACGACUCUCCCCGACUUUGACAAGCAGUACCGCCUCACACACGCCCGCAAGCAGCUCGAGAAGGAAGUAGCGCGCAUCGAGCACUCGAUGUCCAAUCAGAACCUCGAACUGCUCCCAGACUACGAGCAGCGUGUCGGUGUGUUAAAGACGCUCCGCUUCAUCGAUCCGCUCACGGAGUCUGUGCUUCUCAAGGGGCGCGUGGCUUGCGAGAUCAACUCGGCGGACGAGCUGGUCCUCACUGAGCUGAUUUUGGACAAUGUUUUUGCGGGCUAUGAGGCGGAAGAGAUCGUAGCGCUGCUCAGCGUCUUUGUCUUCAAGGAGCGCACAGAUGGUGCAGAGGAGGAGGAGUUCCCGCCGCGGCUCAGUGAAGGCUUGGCGACGAUUCUGGGUACGGCCGAACGUGUUUCGCAGGUACAGGCGGAGCAUCAGCUCAACUACGACGACUACGCUGUCAGCUUGAAGACGGGCCUGGUGAAUGUGGUCUAUCAGUGGGCGAGAGGGAGAUCAUUUGGAGAGAUCAUGGAGAUGACCGAGGUGGCCGAGGGGACAAUCGUGCGCGUGAUGACAAGAUUGGACCAGACUUGCCUCGAGGUGAGGGACGCAGCGCGGGUGGUGGGCGAUCAGGGUUUGAGGGAGAAGAUGGAAGAGGCACAACAGAUGAUCACGCGCGAUAUUCUCGCGGCGCCGUCCUUGUACAUCUGAUCGCUAGAGCAGGCGCCAAUCAAUUGUCAUUGCUUGCUAGACUUG